GUGCCCGCACCAUGUUCGAUGAAUUGUUGGGUGAGUGUGCGCUGCCAUCUUUGCAGACAUCGUCCACGGUGCAGGCCCCUCUGUCUUACGCGCCGAUGAUGCUGACCACCAUGCCACCCCCGUCGACUGAGCAGGCUCUCCCGCCAGCUCCCAUUGACAUAGAGGAGGACAACAUUGACAAUGCCGGCACCAUGAACAUCGACGAGGAGCCGUUGUUUGUUGACGAGCUCAUAGAAGCGGCAACUGCACAAACUCGAGGUCGCCGGGUUAGCAAAAGAACUAGCAACUACACGGAGUUGGAGGACAAAAUGCUCAUCCAGGGGUGGUUGGCCAUUGGGAAAGAUCCACUAAAAGGUGCCGAGCAGAAGGGGGGCGCAUUUUGGCGUCGGAUCCAUGACUACUUCCAUGAGCACCGCCGGUACGGGGAGCACCGAUUUAACAGUGACCGCAAUGAAUGCUCCCUCCAAAAGAGGUGGGGAACGAUUCAAGUGGAAUGCAACAAGUUCCAGGCGGCGUAUGAUCAUGUGAAGCGGGUGCCCGUUAGCGGCAUCGGCAUCAAGGACUUGGUGUGGCAAGCUUUGGAUUACUUCAAAACGGUGAAUGACGGAAGGACCUUUGCCUUCUCUCAUUGUUGGAAGGAUCUCCGGGGCACCCCCAAAUUCGACGAGGGGUACGAGGCGUACAUGGCAAGCUUGAUUGGCAGCAAGACUGCCAAAGAUGCCACCUUCAUUGACCUUGAUGGUGGCCAACCUUGCGGAAGCUCCACUUAUUGUGCAAGCCGUCCAAGAGGCCACAAGGCAACUAAAGCCGACAUGAAGCGUGAUGUUUUGGCCAUGUAUUCGAUCGGCACCUGGAAGGACUUGUAUGCUGAAAAAGAGGUGUCCAUGGACAAGAGAGAAAAGAGGAAGCGCCGGGAGAAGGAAGAGGCCAUGAAAAACUACUAUGGUGUUCAAAAGAGGAAGCUUGCCAUUGAUGAGGCCAAUGCCAAGACGAGGGCUAGGGAAGUGGAGCUGAAAGAGAAAGAAUUGGAGCUCAUUGCAUCGUCAAGGGCCAAAGAUGUGGAGCUGAAGGAGAAAGAAGUUGAGCUGAAACGCCUGACCGAGGAGCACAUAAUCAUGACCGCCGACUUGACCGCCAUGAACGAGGUGAAGAGAGCUUGGUUCGAGAAGAGGCAAAAGGAGAUCCUAGACCGCACAAAUUGAGUUGACAAUCUUAAUUUUUAAUUAUUAUGUUUGUUUCCUUCUUCAAACUAUGGCACGCUUGUUUCCUGCUCAUGGUACAUUUUAUUUCAUAUUAUUCUAUGUUUUUUUAGAUGUUAUUUAUAAAUUUUUAUGGCCAAAUAACCUAUUUCCCAAAGAAAUAGACCAUAUCUGAGUCGCA